AGAUAGGGGGUUCAGUUUACCUGGCGUGACGUCGUAAUUUUCGGCUCAGUCGGAGUAAAAUUGACGAUUUUGAACUCGCUUUAACUUUUUCUUUCACUUUUAUAAAGUCUGAAUUUUUUCAUAAAUGCAACGUAAAUAAGUUGCUCUUUUAAAUGGUACUAAUUUUUAAACGUCAUCUUUUAUAUCUAGUUAUAUUUCCCCGUAGUCAAAAAUGCUCGGUUUUUCGUCUUUAGCAUUUGUAAUACAACUUGGAUGCUAGUUUUGCUCGAUUUUUGCACAAGUCGCGCAGUUUGAUUGGAUUUCCGCAAGCUAUACGUAAUGACAGCUAAUAUAUCAGCCAAUCAGGGAAGAGGUUACAAACUGCAGAUUGAAUAUAGACUGGAAUUCCCCCUCUCUGAUGUAAACACGAAGGCCCAAAGACACUGCGUUGUAUGUUUCGUGAAUUCCAUAUGGCCGCCGCGGAAUCCCCAGUGAAACAUGACCUUGAUAACCUUACCGACGUCAACAUCGGCGACAUGGCAGAAGCGAACGUUAUAACAGACAUCAGAAUAGAUUUGGAAAAAAAAUGCCCAACAAAUGGAGAUAUCAUCAAAUGUCUUGAUGGAGAGAGAAGCUUUCCUGAAAACCUUGAAUUUCUUAAAACUAAAUACCCAACCUCAAAGUGGGAAAAUUGCUCUGUGCGUGUUUUUCGCACAAAGAUAUUUAGAUUAAAGAAAAAAAUCAAGGAUCUAAAGAAAAACAAAAUUGCAGAAGGCUUAUCAGAACUGCUCAGCCAAGAAUUUGAAUUUCCUGUUCCAAACAUUGAGCUUCCAGUAUUUGAUGACAACAUCAAAACUCAGAAGCUGAAUUAUCUUGUCAACAAAACAAAAGAUGUUGUGUUUGAAAACCGCCAGCUAAAGAGAGAGCUUGUUGAUGAACAAGAACAACUGAGCAAUUUGAAUUUACAAAUAUUUCAUUAUGAAAAAAAAAUUGAUUUGUUAUUGAGAGUGUUAGAUUCUUGUACAUUGAAACAUCAAGAAACAUUGUCAAAAACUAAAGAUUUGAAAGUGUUAGAGAGAGAGUGUAAGCACUGGGAAAAAAAGUAUGAUGACUUGUCAAAAAAGCUAGAUAAAUCUUUAGAACAUUUUGAACUUUUAAAAGAAAAAGUUAGAAAACUUGAUGCCAGAAAUUCAAACAAGAAGUUGAAACGUAGAGAUCAGAGAAUAGAAAAUCAGAGAAUUGAACUGGAUAAUAAGAAUGAAGUGUUAAGAGAGAAAGAGAAAGAAAUGCAAGAAUUGAGAGAAGAGAGUGAAAGAAAGAAUGCACAAGUAGAGAACCUCAAAAAAGAAAAGAGAAAUCUGCUGGUUAAGAUUUGUAGAUUAAACAAAAAAAGGGAAAAUGAAUUUGACAAUUUUAUUUCUGAAAAUGUUGAACAAAUUAUGAAACUGAGACAGGAAAUCAAAAUUAAAGAGGAAAAGAUAAUAGAGCUUGAAGAAAUCAACAAUGUUCUAUUAAAUGAGUCUAAUAUAACUUCUUUCUGUGAUGGGAAGUACACAAAUGAAAUUCGUGAAACAAUAAUGACACUAACAACUGAGUGUGGUGUUAGUUGCAAAAAAGUAAAUCAAGUAAUUCAAACCGUCUUAAAAAAUAUUACAGGCAAAACAUUGUCGAGACUUCCAAGUGCUGGUGUUAGGUCUAGGUUGCUUAUUGAAGCAAAACGUAUUGCCCAGUGUCAGGUUGUAGAUGCCAUGGUUAAUUCAUGUGACAUAGGUGAUAUGAAAGGUAACUGUCUGCAUCAGGAUGGAACUUCAAAGUUCCAUAAACAAUUUCAGUCAUUUCAAUUGACCACACCUGAACAUAGGUCUUACUCAAUUGGAAUGACUGAAAUUGGCAGUGCAGAUGCUGAUAGUCUGAUGAAAGCUUUUCAAGCAAAUAUUUCUGAAUUGUCAAACUGCUUACAUAAUGAAGACAAAUCUUUCUCUAAACUUGUAGCAACUAUUAUUUCAACAAUGUCAGACCAGGGUGCAACAAACCCAGUUUUUAAUAGACAGUUAGAGGAAUUGCGGCAAAGUCUUCUUCCUGAUGUUCUAAAGAAUUGGGAUGAAAUGCCAGAAAUUAACAGAAAAGAAAUGGGGAGGGUGGCAUCAUUUUUUUGCAAAAUGCAUGUAUUUGUAAACAUGGCAAGUGAAGUUGACAAGUGUUUAAGUGUUUUUGAAAACAAUGUUUGUUCAGGAAAGAAUCCUUACAGUUUUGAUUGGAAGGAAAGUGGUGCCUCAAGACUGACUAGAACAGUUAGCAAGGCAUUAACAAUGCAUGGCUGUGAAAAGUCAGGAGUGGGGUCCCACUUCUCCACCCACUUGAAAGAAAAAGGUGUAAAAAAUAAACUUAUAACCUUUAGAGGACAUAGGUAUAACCAUCUUUUUUAUGCAGCUGGGGCUACAUAUCACCAUUUAGCAGAUAUCAAAACAUUUCUUGACAGUUGGUCAGAUCCUAAUGAAUUGUUGAAAAGCAUUUCUUUUGAUGUGAAUGAAAAAGUUUACACUAGCAGUCUUAGAGCUUUAGGUAUCAUAGACAAAAUAAUUACAGGUCCCUUCUGGAGGGUUAUUGAGAAAACAGAAAAUAUUUUGGAUUUGAACCCUGUGCUUCUCAACAUGAAGUUGAACUUACAAGACUUGUCACAAGAUGCAUCACCUCUUCUUGAAGGCCAUUUAAUUUUUCCAGAGGAGAGUGUGCAUAAAGAUGAGGUGUAUGAUUCUCUCUUUGAGAACACAGAUGAUGCAGUAUUUGAAACAUAUACUCAAAUGGCUUUAGAAUUGGCUUUAGGUGGCAUGUUGUUGAUACUUGAGAGGCAAGCAAAAGAUCAACUUCCUGGUGGAAUAUAUUAUGAACCAUCUGAAACUGAUCAAUUGAGAGCCGCUGCAGUACCAACAACAAACACAUGUUCUGAAAGAGAUUUUGCCCAACUAGAUGUUUUAAUGAGACUUAAACCAUCAGCUUCUACAACUGCAUAUGAGUCUGUAAUUAUGGGGACUAACAAUAAAACAUCUACUUGGUUAAAUUCUCUUUCAAAUAGUGAAAAAAACUCCAUUAUUAAUGAUGCAAGAAAAUCUGCACCUGAAAUAAUGGAGUUAAUAAAAAAAAGACAAAGGUCUUUGUAUGAAACAAAACUUGAAAUUUUAAGAGCUAAACAAGAAAAAAGAGUCAUGCAAGAAAAUAAAAUGUACAACCAAAAGGUAAAGCUAACAAAUAAAUUGACAGAUGUUGGUGGUUUAUGGCAGAAAAGAGAUGACAUCCAGUCUUACAAAUUAAAGGUGUCUCAAGAAUCUAACAAAGACCAGCUGUUAAGAGAUGCAUUAGUUGCACAAUUGCAGUUUAGAAAAAAUAUUCUUUCAAGCAAAGGCCCUAAAAAUAUUUUUCAACAAAGCAGUAAAGGCGUUGUGUAUUCUAUUGAAGAUCUAGAACAUAAUCUGGUAAAAGUUAUGCAAAUUAAUGAACAUUUGGAAGAGGUGUCUGAAAAUUCUAAACUCUCUUACCAUCCUUUAAGUCAGGUUGAACAAAAAUUUAAUGAAUCAAAAACAAAUUUAGCUGAGAGACUAAAAGAAAAUAGGAGAAAAAUAACAAUCAAACAACAAUCACUUCUUCUUCCAAGUUUUAUUGAGUCUCCUUCCAAAUUAGUUGGAAAGAAAAUUCUUCAUAAAUUAAAAGAUCAAACUUCAAAUGAAGUUUGUUGGUUUGUGUGUAAAAAGAUUGAAUGGAAGGAUGACAAAGUAUGAAUGCUUGUAUGAAGGUGAUAUGGAAGCAUGUGAAUUCCCAUUGUUAAUUGAUUUCCAAAAAGGUGAAAUAAUAAUUCAAGAUUAGACACACUGUAUAACAUAAUACAUGUACAUGUACUUUGCUUGCAUGUAAUAUAUCUAAGGCCCUAAUAUGUAAUGUAUCUAAAUUAUUAAAUAUAUAUACAAGACUAAGAUACUUGUUGGAUUUUUUGUUUUGGUCAUUAUAUUAGUUUCUAAUAAUAUGUCACUUAAAAUUUA